CGUGCUACAGCGUUGGCGGUGACGAUGAUGAUGUUGGGGGUUGGGGAGGAAGGUUAGGAAUCCUUCAUCUUCAGCAUCAGCGCCAUUAUCAAGUAGACGCUUGUGCGUCAAACGUGGACGUGGAUUUAAGCAACCCGUGUGUGGAAUUCCUUUCAUUUCAUUGCAAUCCAUCAUUUGUGCUCUUUCUCCUUCCCCCUUCUUUUUUUUUUUUUUUUUUCUUUUUUUUUUUUAGCGUUUCCUUCCUGCUAUUUUGCCUAUGGACUGUACGUCGGACAAAAAAACAAGGAUUUAUUCUAUUCCUAAGAGACGCAGCGGACGGAUGAAGACCCGAGCACUGUAAUAUCCACAUACAUGGGUCUUGCGAAAAAACAAGCACCUAUCCUACUCUUCAUUGUCACCUUCCAAAAGUAGAAAAAUGGAAAGCCUUUUCAUCGACCGGCUCGGUUAACUCUUGAGGAAUGACGAAGAAGGAUGUACCGUCAUUAUCGGAUUCCUGAGGAAUACUAAAUUGAUCGACGGGAUAUUGCAUUGACAAGAGCACGCCUAUAUUCCCUGGCGUGGGUGUAACGAACUGACCUUUGAACUUUGGAUUAGUCCUGCCGUCAUUGACUCCCGUCUGAGUAAUUUCAUGUGAGGAUGUCACAGGUGAGUACGUACAAGACUGAUUGAAUUGUGACAAACCAAUGAGCACAAACACGGCGAACAAGUUUGGAGUAAUGGCUCGGUGGGGGCAACAUCCAAGGACAGGCUACCGACUACUCCAGCUUUUUGCUUUCAGCAGAAAAAUGCGAUACAGUUUGGAGCGUCACACUUACAAAUGUCGCUCUUUGCUCUGGGUGCUUCUACUUCUGAGCCACACGUGUGCCGCGGAGGCCGACAAACACGACGACAACGACCUAGUGGUCACGACCCCGUAUGGCAAGUUGCGUGGGAUCAAGAAGGAGUUGAACAAUGACAUCCUGGGGCCCGUUGUGCAGUACCUGGGUGUCCCGUUUGCCGCCCCGCCCACAGGCGCGCGCCGCUUCCAGCCGCCCGAGCCGUUGGUGCCGUGGUCGGAGAUCCGCAACGCCACCCACUUUGCCCCGGUGUGCCCUCAGAACAUUGUUGACGGACGCCUUCCGGACGUGAUGCUGCCUGUGUGGUUCACCAACAGUAUCGACGUGGUGUCCACGUACGUCCAAGACCAGAGCGAGGAUUGCCUCUACCUUAACAUCUAUGUUCCCACUGAAGAUGUCAAAAGAAUAUCCAAGGAAUGUGCAAGAAAACCGGGCAAGAAAAUGUGUAGACAUGGAGGUCCCAUUACAAAGAAACACUCUGAUGAUUUAGGUGAUAAUGACCGCGCAGCAGACGAAGACAUAAGGGAGAGUGGAAGCCCCAAGCCAGUGAUGGUUUUCAUCCAUGGUGGAUCCUACAUGGAAGGAACUGGAAACCUGUUUGAUGGCAGCAUCCUGGCCAGCUAUGGAAAUGUCAUUGUCAUAACAGUCAACUACCGCUUGGGGGUCCUAGGAUUCCUGAGUACUGGUGACCAGGCAGCCAAAGGGAAUUAUGGCUUGUUGGACCAAAUCCAGGCUCUUCGAUGGACCAGUGAGAAUAUUGCAGCCUUUGGCGGGGAUCCAUUACGUAUUACUGUGUUUGGUUCAGGAGCUGGAGCCUCCUGUGUCAAUCUUCUCACGCUGUCUCACUACUCCGAGGGCAACCGCUGGAGCAACUCCACCAAAGGCCUGUUUCAGAGGGCCAUCACCCAGAGUGGCACAGCGCUCUCAAGUUGGGCUGUCAGCUUCCAGCCAGCCAAGUAUGCCAGAAUGCUGGCCCGCAAAGUUGGCUGUAAUCUGGAGGACACACUAGAACUUGUGGCGUGUCUUCAGAACAAACCUUACAAAGAGUUGGUUGAUCAAGACAUCCAGCCGGCUCGGUACCACAUUGCCUUUGGACCCGUCAUUGAUGGCGACGUAAUCCCUGACGACCCUCAGAUACUCAUGGAGCAAGGUGAAUUCCUGAACUAUGAUAUUAUGCUCGGAGUGAACCAAGGGGAGGGUCUUAAAUUUGUGGAGCUGAUCGUGGACAAUGAAAACGGUGUUCAGGCCAAUGACUUUGACUAUGCCGUGUCUAGCUUUGUGGAUGAUCUCUAUGGCUAUCCAGAGGGUAAAGACAUACUCCGGGAGACCAUCAAGUUUAUGUACACCGAUUGGGCUGAUAGGCACAACCCAGAGACACGCAGGAAGACAUUGCUGGCCUUAUUCACGGAUCACCAGUGGGUGGCGCCUGCUGUGGCCACAGCUGACCUGCACUCAAGCUUUGGGUCACCCACGUACUUCUAUGCUUUCUACCACCACUGUCAAACAGAACAGGUGCCACCAUGGGCAGACGCAUCUCAUGGAGAUGAGAUCCCAUAUGUCUUUGGUCUGCCAAUGAUUGGACCCACCGAGUUGUUUCCCUGUAACUUCUCCAAGAACGACGUGAUGCUCAGUGCCGUGAUGAUGACGUAUUGGACAAACUUUGCCAAAACCGGGGACCCCAAUCAGCCUGUGCCGCAGGACACCAAGUUCAUACACACAAAGCCCAACCGCUUUGAAGAAGUGGCAUGGACACGCUACAACCAGAAGGACCAGCUUUACCUGCACAUCGGCCUCAAACCUCGCGUCAAAGAGCACUAUCGCGCCAACAAGGUGAAUUUGUGGCUGGAGUUGGUUCCUCACCUGCACAGCCUUAAUGACGUCACUCAGCUCAUUCCCACCACCACGAAGAUUCCUCCAUCGGACACCAGCAACCGCACCCCCAAGCCAAAGGUCCCGGUGACCAGGAACCCCAGCCCGACCCCGUUUCCUACCGAGACCGAGGACAGCCAGAACCAACCCCACCUGGUGGACCACCGGGACUAUUCCACCGAGCUGUCGGUGACUAUCGCCGUGGGCGCGUCCCUGCUCUUCCUCAACAUCCUGGCCUUCGCCGCCCUGUACUACAAGAAGGACAAGCACCGCCACGACAUCCACAAGCGCUGCAGCCCCCAACGCAGCGCCGCCAACGACCUGGCGCACACCCAGGAGGAGGAGAUCAUGUCCCUCCAGAUGAAGCAGCGCUCCGACCUGGAGCAGGACUGCAGGCCGCUGGCCGACGCCCUGAAUCCCCACGACGUCUUGCUAAGGACUACCUGUCCCCCGGACUACACCUUGGCCAUGAGGCGGUCCCCGGACGACAUCCCUCUCAUGACGCCAAACACCAUCACCAUGAUCCCCAGCACCAUGGGACGACUCAGUGCGCUCCAGUCCUUCAGCGGCUUCCCCGGCGGCGGACAGAGCAAAACUCUGCCUCACCCUCACUCCACCACGCGGGUAUAGCCCCGGACACGCCCACUCGGACCUGUCGUCCAAUCGGCCCACGGCACCGCUUCUACCGUCCGUGGGCGGAGCAGGCGGGAGACGUCACUUUUGUAAGCCACGAGUACAGCAGGAAGCGGUCAACACAUUUGGGGAAAUAUUUGUCAGUCUUUUUACGGGGACAGGAAGGACACGUCGCAGGACAGUAAGUGCGGAUUCUCUCGGACACUUUUCAUUUCCAUCCAUUACGGCAUGUCCACGACUACGAGGGGACUCUUUUUCUUUCUUCAAAAGACCAGAGAAAAAUCUUUGAAAAAGACAAAAAAAGGCAGCCGACACAAUAUGCACAAUGGAAACCUUAAGAGCAGUUUUUAGGUGUGUUAGAAAAGGUCAUUCUGCACUUUGAGCAUCCAGUUCUAGUCUUUCUAUUCUACUCAAGGACGCCAAGGCCACGCAGUCCGGGGACCGACUGGCAACCGCGCAGGCCGAGGUCCUCGCCUCGGACGUCCGCGGAGACUCAAAAGGAUCAUUUUCGCCCUCCCUCUCUUUUUCAUCCUUUCAUUUUGCUUCCUGGGUCGCUGGUGAGAAGGAGAAAAAGACUCUCCGCCGGGGUUUGUGGUCUUAGGGAAUUAGCUGCAGGACAAAAUCUAGCAGUGGGGACACGCUUUGCACUCUCCAUGUCGGCACGUCAUCGAUUAGUUGUACUGGAUCAUUUUGAUAUGCUGAUCGUAUUCUACCACUUUACGCACAUCGCUAACAACAUUUCCCUCUUGUCGACAUUUAAUACACCACGCAUUGCUAACGGCUUGUCUGAAAGUACACCAACACCCUUUUUAUUCAGAGGUGGAGCACGCACUCAAAACUUGAGCCAUUUUCUAAAGAACACUACGCCGUAAAGUAAUCUGUGGAUUUUACAGGAACAAAAAAAAAAAAAAACGCCAGAAUUUUACAAAAAAUAAUUACAUUUUUCCGUUAAAUUUAGUGAAGUAAAAGUGGUUCUGUUUUUCCAUUUUACAGCAGUGGUUCUUAACCUUGUAGGAGGUACCGAACCCCACCAGUUUCAUAUGCGCAUUCACCGAACCCAUUCACCGAAUAUUUUUUUUCUUAAUUUAAUCUUAAUUUAUAAAUAUUAAUCAUGAAAUUAUGUUAUUAUAUUAAAGAAAUACUAAUAAAGAUACACUACCGUUCAAAAGUUUGGGGUCACCCAAACAAUUUUGUGGAAUAGCCUUCAUUUCUAAGAACAAGAAUAGACUGUCGAGUUUCAGAUGAAAGUUCUCUUUUUCUGGCCAUUUUGAGCGUUUAAUUGACCCCACAAAUGUGAUGCUCCAGAAACUCAAUCUGCUCAAAGGAAGGUCAGUUUUGUAGCUUCUUUUGUAGCUAAACUGUUUUCAGAUGUGUGAACGUGAUUGCACAAGGGUUUUCUAAUCAUCAAUUAGCCUUCUGAGCCAAUGAGCAAACACAUUGUACCAUUAGAACACUGGAGUGAUAGUUGCUGGAAAUGGGCCUCUAUACACCUAUGUAGAUAUUGCACCAAAAAACAGACAUUUGCAGCUACAAUAGUCAUUUACCACAUUAGCAAUGUAUAGAGUGUAUUUCUUUAAAGUUAAGACUAGUUUAAAGUUAUCUUCAUUGAAAAGUACAGUGCUUUUCCUUCAAAAAUAAGGACAUUUCAAUGUGACCCCAAACUUUUGAACGGUAGUGUAUAUGUUACAGACAGAAAGUUACAGGAAUGUACGCAUGAUCCCAUGUUUACAUCUCAUUGUGCAACAUGUGAAUGUUUUAGUGGGAACUAAAUGCAAUAUCUGAAAGGGGUACAAAUUAUUUCCAAAGCAGGACCUCCACCCAGACAUACAAUACAAGUACACAGCUCAUGAAAAAACAAUGUUUUGUUAUUGUCAUUGUAAGUGGGCCAAAACACUUAUAUUAGAACAUAAUAUCAUGGAAAUCACUGCUGUCAUUUGAUUAUAAUAAUAAAACAUUGAACUUGUUAUUUAGUCAGGUUUGGGACAGGUGUGCUGCAGGUGUGGCCACAGUGCAUGUGCACGUCUGAUGUGCUCCACUGAAUGCUCAAGGAGUUUUUGCGUUUGCUCACGCAUAUGGAAAAUUAGAGGGGACAUUGUUUGGGGGUAUCCAUAAUACGGCGAUAGGGAAAAGUUGUUAUUUACACGAUGAGUCGGGUGUGUUUUGACCUCCGCCGAACCCCUGAGGCCGACUCACCGAACCCCUAUAGGGUUCGAUCGAACCCAGGUUAAGAACCACUGAUUUACAGUAAUCGACUGUAAAAAAAAUUUUGUAGGGUUUACAGCAAUAUUAGGGAAAAAAAUGUUUUUUACAGUGCAUGACUGUAAAUGGAAAAACAGUACCACAAUCAUUUUUAAUGGAAUAUUUCAGUAAAAAUAAUGUACUGCUCAAAAAGGUUCAUUAUGUAUUCUUAGACAUAUUAUUUUUCAAAUGUUCUUGUAAUCAGACCAUGUUUUCGUUAUAUUAGAUGGAUUUUUUUACCUAGGUAAAAAUAUAUACCGUAUUUUUCGGACUAUAAGUCGCAGUUUUUUUCAUAGUUUGGCCGGGGGUGCGACUUAUACUCAGGAGCGACUUAUGUGUGAAAUUAUUAACACAUUACCGUAAAAUAUCAAAUAAUAUUAUUUAGCUCAUUCACGUAAGAGACUAGACGUAUAAGAUUUCAUGGGAUUUAGCGAUUAGGAGUGACAGAUUGUUUGGUAAACGUAUAGCAUGUUCUAUAUGUUAUAGUUAUUUGAAUGACUCUUACCAUAAUAUGUUACGUUAACAUACCAGUUGGUUAUUUAUGCCUCAUAUAACGUACACUUAUUCAGCCUGUUGUUCACUGUUCUUUAUUUAUUUUAAAUUGCCUUUCAAAUGUCUAUUCUUGGUGUUGGGUUUCAUCAAAUAAAUUUCCCCCAAAAAUGCGACUUAUACUCUAGUGCAACUUAUAUAUGUUUUUUUCCUUUUUUAUUAUGCAUUUU